AAAGUCAGCAAAGAGCUAUAAAUGUGGCAAAGCUGUUCAAACACACUUAAACCUCAGAGAGUCCUAAGGAGGAAUUGAGAGAAGAAUUGAGAUCAGUUCCAAAUAAACCCCAUCAAGAUGGUGCUGGGAACAUCAAAACCCUGCAGCUUCCUUUGUCCAGGUGUCUGGAUUUUGACCAUAGUUUUGGCCAGAGCUGGAGGAGUUCAAGCAUAUCCUUCUGGUAUUCCCGGUCGUCCUGGUGCUCCUGGUGCUCCUGGUAUGCCUGGUCAUCCUGGUGCUCCAGGUGCUCCUGGUGCUCCUGGUAUUCCUGGUCCUCCUGGUGCUCCUGGUGCUCCUGGUCCUCCUGGUCCUCCUGGUGCUCCUGGUCCUCCUGGUCCUCCUGGUGCUCCUGGUAUGCCUGGUCAUCCUGGUGCUCCUGGUGCUCCUGGUAUGCCUGGUCCACCUGGUCCACUUGGGCCUAAAGGUGCUCCUGGACCACAGGGCCCCCAAGGUUUGCCAGCGGCUCAAGGAUUGAUGUGUCCUCAUGGAUUGCCAGAAGCUGAUUGUCAACCAGGCCUAAGAGCACCACCAAAAUCUGCAUUUUCUGCAAAAGUGGCCAAAAGCUAUCCAGAACCUAAUCAGCCCAUAGUAUUUCAAAAUAUUCUAUACAACGAGCAGCAAGUCUUUGAUGAGUCAUCUGGCACAUUCACCUGCGAAAUCCCAGGAGUCUAUUAUUGUACCUACAACCUGAAGGGACAACAGAAUUCACAUAUGAUCCUGGCAAGGAAUGGUAGAGAGGUGAAAGCAUCCGAUCAGAUUACCUCGGAUGCUUAUGAAAACCUGCCCGAAAGUGCAAUCCUUAAACUAGAGAAAGGAGAUAGGGUGUGGUUGGGUGCAAAUGAGGCUUAUGAUGGGAUAACAGAAGGAAGCUAUUUUUUGUGCUAUCUCAUAUAUGACUCUUAGAUUAUGCAGUACUCUGGAUUCAAAUGGCUUGCUUCAUUGCAUUGUCCUGCAAACAUUUAACUAGAUGGUUUGUUUUGAUUUGCAAGAAGUUCACCUAAUCUAUAAUAGGUACACUUAGGGAUGGGGAAGAAUUCUAAAUGGGAAGCUAGCAAGUAGGACUCAUUGGAGAUCUGAGUAAACAUGCCUAGGAUGCAGUUGGGUUAUGGCUCACCAAUGGCUCAGAGGUAUUGUUUUACAAUUUUCAUAGAAACAUGAAAGCAGAACAAGAAGUGUGCAUGGAUUUCCAUGAAGUUUAUUAGAAGGCUACUGCUUCUAUAUUUACAAAUCAAAAGGCUGUGCUUCACACUGUUUCCACAUCUGCAUAGGUGCAUGCAUGUAAUCAUUUGUUUAAAAUUAAAGGUUGUGUCAUAAAACAA